AUGCCAAGGCUGCCGGGACUGCGGGCGGUGCGCUGGCGCCGGGCGGCCCCGGCGCGCCGGGCGCUGUGGCUGCUGGCCGUGGGCGCCUCGCUCGGCUUGCUGCUGGCGUGGUCGUCCAACCGGCUUCUGCACUGGCUGGCCUUCCCGUCGCACACGACGGUGCGCACCGAGUGGAGCCGCCAGCUGGCCUUCCCGGCAGUCACGCUGUGCAACAACAACCCGCUGCGCUUCCCGCGCCUCUCCAAGGGCGACCUGUACUACGCCGGCAACUGGCUCGGUCUCCUGCUGCCCAACCGGACGGCGCGGCCACUGCUGGCCGAGCUCCUGCGCGCCGAGCCCGAGCGCCUGCGCUGGUUCACCAAGCUGGCCGACUUCCGGCUCUUCCUGCCGCCGCGCCACUUCGGCGGCAUCAGCGAGGAAUUCGUCGACCGCCUCGGGCACCGCCUGGACGACAUGCUCCUCUCUUGCAAGUUCCGAGGCGAGCAGUGCGGCCCGCACAACUUCUCCGCCGUGUUUACGAAAUAUGGGAAGUGCUACAUGUUUAACUCAGGAGAAGAUGGGCAUCCUCUGCUGACCACUUUCAAGGGUGGGACAGGCAAUGGCCUGGAGAUAAUGUUGGACAUUCAACAGGAUGAGUAUUUGCCAAUAUGGGGUGAAACAGAUGAAACAACAUUUGAAGCCGGAGUCAAAGUCCAGAUUCACAGUCAGUCUGAGCCACCAUUUAUUCAGGAGUUCGGGUUUGGCGUGGCACCUGGAUUCCAAACGUUUGUAGCCACACAAGAGCAAAGGCUGACAUACCUUCCGCCUCCGUGGGGCGAGUGCCGCUCUUCGGACUUUGGCCUGGACUUCUUUCCCAUCUACAGCAUCACCGCGUGCAGAAUUGACUGUGAGACCCGCUAUGUGGUGGAAAAUUGCAACUGCAGAAUGGUUCACAUGCCAGGAGACGCUCCCUUCUGCACACCAGAGCAGUAUAAAGAGUGUGCCGAGCCUGCACUAGUGGUUCUCGGCGAAAAAGACAGCAAUUACUGCGUGUGCCAGACACCAUGCAACCUGACCCGCUACAACAAGGAACUCUCCAUGGUCAAGAUCCCCAGCAAGACUUCAGCCAAGUACCUUGAGAAGAAGUUUAACAAAUCAGAGAAAUACAUUUCGGAGAAUAUCCUUGUACUAGAUAUAUUCUUUGAAGCCCUCAACUAUGAGACCAUUGAGCAGAAGAAAGCAUAUGAAGUGGCAGCUUUACUUGGUGAUAUUGGAGGUCAGAUGGGCCUUUUUAUUGGUGCUAGUAUCCUCACCAUUCUGGAAAUAUUUGACUAUAUCUAUGAGCUGAUCAAGGAGAAAUUGUUAGACCUACUUGGCCAGGAGGAAGAGGAAGGAAGCCACGAUGAGAAUGUGAGCACGUGUGAACCCUUGCCCAACCAUUCUGAUCCCAUCAGCCACACUGUGACAGUCCCCCUGCAGACCACACUUGGCACGCUGGAAGAGAUUGCGUGCUGACAGCGCUCCCUUGGCACUGUACGGAUGGCUGGAUGGCAGGCAUUUUCUCCCCAGAAGCCGGGAAUCAUGCUCAGGUUCACCAUGCCGAGUGGGGGAACAGCUGAGGAAUUCGCUAUGCAUCCAACUCUUCUCUUUCUC